UCCAGUGUUCAGCAAGCAAUGCGGGAUGGUACCUUAGAACCAGAUGAGCUUUCUGCAGCUUCCCUUUUUCCCUUAGUUUACCAACAAAAUGCAACUGGUGUUUUAGCACCCCACUGGGAACCUAUUCCAAUUAAAACAAUCAGGGAUGUUAAACAAGCUGUCAUGGUAUAUGGUCUGCAAGCACCGUAUACCAUAGGACUCAUUCUCAUGAUGUCUAAUACGUAUGUUAUGCUUCCUUCUGACUGGAAGGAUAUGUUUCGCAUGAUUUUAACCAGCACUCAGUACGUUAUUUGGGAAUCAGAAUUUCGCCGUGAGGCUGAAGCCCUAGCGGCAAGAACUCCUGGCAUACAAGCAGUUGAGAUCUGCGGAGAAGGGGCGUUUGCUCCUCCUACUGCACAAUAUAAUUUAUCCGUGGUUACUUUAACCCUUGUGUCCCUGGCUGCUACUCAAGCUAUUACAAGGGUUGAUGAUCCCUGUUCAAUACGCCAAUCUUUUGCAAAAAUUGUUCAAGGGCCAAAUGAGUCAUACUCAGAAUUCAUUGACAAGCUGCAGACUGCCAUCUCCCGCCAAAUCUCCAAUGCAGAUGCUCAAAUGGAAAUCCUUAGGAAACUAGCUUAUGACAAUGCAAAUACGGACUGCAAAAAUUUGUUAGCCCGCCUUAUAAACUCUCCAAACGUUACCCUGGCACAAUUCCUCAAAGCAUGCCAGCAUGUGGGCACACAUACUUAUAAUGCAGAAGUUUUAGCUAGUGCCCUAUCAAAGGCUUCAUCACCAUCUGGUAACUGCUUUAAUUGCGGCAAACCCGGCCACUUCAAGGCACAAUGCCGAGACCGUGGAGGGGGCGCCUCUCACAAUGAGAUGAACAAAGAAGCCAAACCAAAAUCAGUGUGUCCAAAAUGUAAAAAGGGAUAUCACUGGGCAAAUCAAUGCCGAGUCAAACCAAAUCCCGACUCGGGAAACUAGAGAUGGGGCCGGCAACUAGCCCCGCUCCAAAGGUUGCUCAUUCAAACUCAUCCUUUGAUUUGUGCGUCUCUGAAUGUAUUUCUGCUGAUCUCCCUCAUUCAGCUAUGUCUGCCUCUGUCUCCCUGCCGCAUGCAUUAUCACAAGACUGCUCUGCUCUUAUCUUGCCCCAUGCAGAAGCACAGCUUCGAGGGAUAUAUGCAGUUCCUUGUCUUUUAGAAAGAACUGACAACUCUCUCAAUACCACAAUACAUUUUAUUUCGGGUCUCCCACAAACUAUACAAGUAGGGACUACAAUUGCUAAAUUAGUCAUCAUUCCAAAAGACUCCCCCAAUUCAGAAAUCUUAGCUCUCACCCAACCAAUCACAGAGACUAAACCCACUCUCUCUGUUUCCAUUAAAGGCUCCUCUUUCACGGGUCUACUGGACUCUGGAGCAGAUGUCUCUGUCAUAAGGACUGCGGAAUGGCCAUCAACCUGGCCCACUGAAGCAGCUCCCUCGGUGAGAGGAGUGGGGGGAAUUCAAACUGCCCGGCAACGACCAUUGGUGUACUACAAGCAGCUUCCAGACCCCGCCUGGAAAGGCCCUGCACAGCUCAUCACCUGGGGAAGAGGCUACGCCGCAGUACAACACAACGAUACGACACUCUGGGUCCCUGGACGACACAUUCGACCUUUUCAUCCAAAGCCUCACGCCACAAAAGCUUCUUCAUCUACCUCCUGCUAAGGCAUACUGGCAAAUUGCCUUUCUACACACAAGCAUCAUGAACUGCAUCAUGAACUUUCUUGUUUUUAUAAUGUUAUACCACACUAUGGACAUAACCUUUGCCCAGCCAUCAGUCGUUACCCCCCGGAUUCCAAACACAGCCUCCGAACUACUGCAUGACCUCUGGGAGAAGGGAGAUAUUAUUCAACCUCCUAUUCCUCAACCAAAACGCCGCACCCAGGUUCGGGUAAAACGACAAGCCACAGCCACAGAUGACGCAAAGCAUUGCAACCCGUGUCUGCAGACCACCAAGCAAGGUACGCAAAUCAUUAAGACUCUUUUAUAUCAUUCCAACAUGAUUUGCAAGAAGAAAGAUCCUCAAACCUGCACCUUAAAUGGCACUAUUUAUAGCAUCUGCAAGGACGGAGACAAAACACAAUGCUAUGA